CUGCAAACUUGGCAUUGUGAUACUGGCACUGCCCAAAUUAAAAAAACCAUGAAAAGUCGGGGAAUUUCGAAUCGUAGGCCUUUUCCAAAGUCAUCAGAAUUGUCAGUAGGCGUAUCAUUAAUUGAUUAGUGUAAGCUUCCUGGACACGAAACACUUUAGUUCGCUUUACUUCGCCUAAGCCCUCGGCUGAGCUUUCGGAAACGUCCUCUGGUUAGGUUAACCCAAAUAAUGAGCUUUACUUGACCUGCCGGUAGCUAAAGGUACAGCUUUUCAGAUGUCGGCCGCCGGCGCCGUCCGCGUCCGGCAGCACCAACCUGGUGCCGAUAUUGCAUUGAUUGAGCGCGGGCUUGGUGUACACGAUGCGCCAAUAAGCACCACAUUUGUUUGCAUUGGCGAUGAGAUCAGUACUGAAGGGCAGGAAGGCUUCCUUCGCGGCCAUGGCACCCAAGUGGUUGACGAAAAGCUGGUGGCUACCGUCUGUGGUGUCGUCGAGCGGGUCAACAAACUCAUCUACGUCAGGACGCUAAACAGCCGCUACAACGCGGAGCAGGGGGAUGUUGUUGUUGGCCGUGUCGCGGACAUCGCCGGGAAGGCUUGGCGUGUGGACCUCAAGUCCCGCCAAGAAUCCAAGCUCCUCCUCUCCGCUGUGCACCUUCCGGGUGGUAUACAACGGCGCCGCAAUGCCGAGGACGAGCUGAACAUGCGAUCCUUUUUCCGCGAAGGAGAGCUAAUUAGCGCAGAAGUGCAGUCCGUCCACGCUGAUGGCAGCGUCGCGCUGCACACGCGCAGCGCGAAGUACGGCAAGCUUACGCACGGGCAGCUCGUGGAGGUGCCUCCUAACCUCAUCAAGCGCCAGAAACAGCACUUCCACACGCUAGAGGCCCUGGGGGUCGAGCUAAUUAUCGGUUGCAAUGGCCUGGUGUGGGUGGCGCCACUGCGGCCCGACCGAGCGGCUGCAGCGGCCGCAGCAGACAUAGGCGCGGACGCAGCUGACGCCGCGGCCGAGGCGCCGGUGGCGCCCCCGCCCAGCAAAGGCCAGCUGGAAGUCGUGUGCCGCAUGGCGAAUGCAAUCCGCGUGUUGACACGCCUUUACAUGCCCGUUUACCCGGCGUCCAUUAUGGCGGUGUAUGAGGCAGCGAUGGACAAGAAUGUGGAGCUCAGGGACAUGCUGGAACCCGACUUCUUGGAGGCGGUCGUCAAACAGGAGGCGCAGCGAAGGAACAGCGCGAUGCAGGAAUAGACUGAUGAUAGGGGGCCGUCUCAGUGUAUUGUGCAUGCGCAGGAUCAGAGAGACGGACAUACGGCCAUGCGGGUCAUUCGAAUGAACUUGUCUCUUCCAAAAGGCGCUGCGACGGUUCUUUAGACAUGCUCUUGUUUGGAUGUAUGCCUUUUCUUGAGGCGCUGAGACCGCGUGGAUUGGAACCUUUAACUCAAAAGGACGAGUUAUCUGGGACCACUGCAAAGGACAUUUACAGAAUUUUCGGGGCUCGAAUGCCUGGGCCGGGUUGGGUCGGGUAGCAAAGCGGCGAAUGGUAAUAGGCCACAAUGAACCACCGGGAGCCAGGAGCCCUCUGGUCGUCAAUGUAGCUUUCCAAGUGUGGCAAGCUAGCUAUGCAGGCUCCCUUGGUUAUUCGCAGACUAGGCGGGUACUGCUAAUUGCUGCUGCCGAUGGCAACAUGAGGAAUGGGUGCCCUCUGCUUCAGCAGACAAAUAGAGACGCUUCAGACUGCUGACAUUUUGCAUUGAACAUUAGCCAUUAACUUUCCCUUUUAGAUUUGGAGUUGUG